UGGAUUUGAAUUCCUCGAAUCCCAAAAUUUUUGAUUUCCGCGAGUUUUUCUGAAUUUCAAUUUCUUGGAUUUGAUUCGCAAGCUCAUAAGUUCAUAAGUUCGAAUGUGAAUGAGUGAGAGCUUGGCGCUUGGGGUUUGCUUUGGAAGUGGGAGAGUGACUGAGAGUUUGGUGGGGUCGUUGUUGUUUCUUAAUUUAGCUCUUUAAUAUUUACACAACCUGCAAUGGCACAAAUUGUAGUGUCGAAAUAUGAGCUUUAGCUUUACAAAUUUUGAUUGGCAUGGUUACCUUGUGUAUACAGAGGCGGCGCACAAGUCCUCUAAUCUUCUUCAAUCGAGUCAGAACUUUUUUGAUUAAGUAACUAAGUACUAGUACAUGUUGCGAUCACGACGACUUGUUCUUGUCUUUACAAUUGUCUUCGGUUGUAAUUAGUUUACCUCAAACAUUGGCGUAUCAAAGUUAGAAGUACUAUGUACAUGAUAGAAAAAACGCUCAUUUUUUUUGAUGAUUACUAUCGUUGAUUUUUCUAAUCAAUUAUGGUUGACUAUUAUUUUGGACUGCAGGCACGAGAACUGGCAGGCUCAAGUGUGCAGUAUUCAAC